AUGAAUAAUAAUUUCCUAAUUUUGUGCUUAAUAAUAUGUUUAACUAAUGUAGUGGAAAUAUUAAGUAGCGGCAGUACUACUAAAAAGCCAGGUGAUGGUAAACUUCAUUUUCGUAUAGCAAAAUCAGCUGAAACCACACAACCAUUAGAUGGUAAAAUUCGUGUUCGUCUAAAAGUAAAUCAUAACGAACCUGCUGCACAUUCUGGUUCGCAUUCGAAUAAUCAACAUCAUAACCCGUCCAAUCAACAUCACACAACACAUCAUCCGCAACAUCAGACGACACAUCAUCCACAACAUCAGACAACACAUCAUCCGGAACAUCCGACAACACAUCAUCCACAACAUCAAACGACACGCCAUCCACAACAUCAAACAACACAUCAUCCGCAGCAUCAGACGGCCCAUCACCCACAACAUCAAACAACACGUCAUCCGCAACAUCAAACCACUCAUCAACCGGCUCACGAUGAAAAACCGGCUCAAUUUCAUAUAAAAGGUCAUGUUAAUUUGUCAACAAGAAAUGCCGACCCGAACCCGAAAUCUAAUAAUAACAAUCAGAAAGAUAAUAAAGUUCACUUCAAAAGAAAUACUCAUACAAAUGAUCGUAAUAGCCCUAAAGUUUUCCAAAAAAAAGAUAAUAAAAAGAAUUCUUCUAAUAAUCAAUCAAAUCAUAAGCCAGUCAAAGUAAAAGUACAUAUCAAAGUUGUUCAUAAUAAGAAAACAAUUCCACCUCCACCGAAAAAAGCUCAUUGGAAACCAAAACCACAAAAACACGAUGCAAAACCAUCUUCUAAAUUUUCAGGAUGGAAACCAAAAGAAUUUGGUAAUACUACCGAUGUUAUUGAUGAAAAUGGUGAUGUAGCAAACCGAACAAGUGAAUUAAAAUUCGGUGAAUAUAUGGAAGAGAUAUUUGGUGAGGAAGGUUUUCGUGAUAAUGUUUUAUUAACACCAGAAGAAUUAAAUGGUCGUACAUUAGCUGAUCCUGGUGAAUAUCCUCAUAUGGCUGCUAUAGGAGUUAUAAGAGAUUAUGAGGAUGUUAUUGAUUGGAAAUGUGGUGGUAGCUUGAUUUCAAGACAGUAUGUUCUUACAGCGGCACAUUGUUGUGAUUUUGGAGGAGAACAUCCAACUCAUGUUGAAUUAGGUGCUAUUGAUUUAAGAAAAAAAUCAGGAAUGGAUGAAGAAGGAUCCAUGAUAGAAAAAAUUGAUGAAGUUAUAAUUCAUCCGUAUUAUAGAGAUGAAUCAUAUUAUUAUGAUAUUGGAUUAUUAAAAUUAGUAGAAACUAUAAGAUUUUCUUUUAAAAUUCGACCAGUUCAUUUAUGGCCAUUGGAAAAUAUACCAUAUCAAUAUGCUUUUGCAUGCGGCUAUGGAGCCACAACUUUUGGAAAAGUUUUCACAAAUGUUCUUACUGAAAUGAAUUUAGACUUAAUUGGUAAUGAAGAUUGCAAUAAAGAAUUACCACUUUUAGAAGAAACUCCUUUCGGUGUUCUGGAUAAUCAAAUUUGUGCUAAAGAUUUAGAUGGAAUAGUAGAUACUUGCCAAGGUGAUUCUGGUGGACCAUUACAAUUGAAUUUACCAGGUAGAAGACGGCCACGUUUUUCAUUAGUUGGAAUAAUUUCAUAUGGUGUUUUUUGUGGCAGUUCAUAUCCAGGAGUUUAUACAAGAGUUUUUUCAUAUUUAUCUUGGAUUGAAAGUAUUGUAUGGCCUCGAACUUAUAGUUACUUUAAUCCAGAUUUUGUUUUCCAAGAUCAAUCUUAA